AUGGAGGUGGUUCACGAUUAUGUCCAGUGGAUGUUCCCCACGGACGAGAUGUCGGAGUUCAACGCGAACUCCCCGAUCUUGGCCCCUGAAAUCCAGAUGGAGUUCAAAAGUGAUCCUGUCCUGAGGCGCGAGCUCGCGCUCAACUUCGAGCGUUUCUGCCAGUUCUUGGGCUUGGAGGUGCAGAGGACGGGCACCGACAUACUGGUGACCAUCGGGCCCAACUUCGAGGAGAGGAAACGCGACUGCUGGCAGCCAAUGGGUUUCUUCGGCAACCACAACUGGCUCCGCGUUUCCCGGGUGUUGCACUGCCUCGGUCUGUGCAGCAUGCCGCAGGAGCAGAAGGCGUUCAUGGCCUGUCUCGAGGAGAUCUUCGCGAAAGGGCUGUCCACGUGUGCGCAGUCCAUCCCCCACUGGCGCAAGCGCGCUGGCACGGUGCCGAACGACUCCUGCACCUGUCACUUGCCCGUGCAGGUUGCGCGGUCGUGGAGAUCGACCAAGACGGACGCCUCGUACGAGGCCUACAUGCAGGCCACUGACCAGGCGGAUGAGCUAUUUAUUGCGGGGAACAAGUAUGCCGACCACUAUGCGAAGUUGGCGGCCCAUUAUAACAGCUAUAGUGAGGAUGAGAAUUCGCAGAUAUCCGUUGCCCUCAAGUCUUACUACGUCCUUGUGAAAGGGGCGGCGAGGUGUCUGGCGUGUUGGCCCUCGCUGCAGGAGCAGCUGGGUCCGCCUGGUGCCCAGCUGGUGGCCGCCGUCGGCACCUCGUGGGCGCCCCAGGACCUCAAGAUCAGCGCCAAAAAGCGCGAAGAGGCUGCGAGGGCGAAGCUGGUCAACAGCUGGCUGAACCCGGCAGCCCAGGCAGCGAAGGCUGGCAACAAGGCCGUGCUCAGACGGCCAGCCCCCAAGAAGGCAGCCAGCCCUGCAGACGCCCGGGGCGGCCUGACGGACACGCAGGAGCCAGCGCGCGAUGGCACCCCAGACGCCAAUGAGGUGGCCCGUGCCACUUGUGUUGCCGAGGUCGAGCGCAAGAAUGCUAACGAUCGCGGGGGGACAGUCUUUCACUUGCGGCCAGUGGUUUGUGGUACUUGUUUGUACGUGCUGCAUGUUGUAGCCACAGGCAUUUCGGUAUCAGAUUGUUCUUGGCAGUGCGACGGCUAA